GACGAAUUACGACAUCAAAUGAAACAACGCUUAAUGGAAAUGUUUAUAUAUGUCUGGGUUACUAAAAUAAAUUCAACUAUACCUUCUACUACAACGAGUGUAACAACUACUGCAACGAGCAAAACAACUACUACAAUUAGUGGACCAACUCAAACAAUUGUAAAUUCACAAUCCUCAUCUAAUAAUGUUAAUUAUGGAUUGAUAAUUGGAAUUAGCAUCGGUGCAG